AUGGCAGCGAGGACAGUGGCGGCGGCGUCGAUUCUCGUCAAGAGCCAGAAUUUUGCAGAGGUCCUGUCCUUGCUCAGCGAGCAACAACCAAUCUUUGAAUGCGAUUCGCUGGACCUUGACGCUCAGGUGCUAGAGAUUGUGAAGGAUGUCAGUGAGCAGGUGAAGAAGUCAGAAGGCAGCGCCAAGGUCCUUGCCGUGGUUCUGCUGGAGAAACUUGUAUCAUGCUGCUCGGCCCAGCAAGUGAAGAAAUAUCAGUCCUCAGUCGUUGGUGUUCUGCUGUCCUUCGUCCGCGACCUCCAACAAACUUCUCUGUGUGCUGUGAGCAUCAGGAGCCUGCACGCCAUGCAUGGGAAGCUGUGGGAGCUAAAAGGAGGGGAGGGAGGGACCUCGGAGGGUGUCCAGCUGUUUGGAAGGUUGAUACCGGACAUGAUGAAGACGCUGAUUGCUAUGGCAACCAACAGUACCGAGCUGUCCAAGGGCCACAAGGACGUGCUGCUGGCGUGCCUGGACGUCUUGGAGGACAACCUCCAGGAGCAUCCCGCCAUGCUGCGUCCUCACUUCUCCCACGUCCAGACAGCCACUGCGUCCCUCCUGGCCUGCCCCGACAGUCUCGUCAGAAGCCGAUCAGCCGAGAUCUUUGCGCUCUCUGCCAAAGCAUUCCCACGUGACAAAACUUGUUCAAGAUCACCCAUUCAUCAGAACAUCGCUCUGCUGCUCCGAGGCAUCGAGUAUCUUCUGUGGGAGUUCGACGGCCUGCGAGCCAACGGUGAGGAUGGGGAGGAAUAG